AUGUCAUUAAUUAAGUCUUCAUUAUUUUACAGUAGUACAACAGUAACCAUCUCUGAGGGCAAAGAUAGUCAUAAUGCUAGACUAUCUCAAGAAUGCGAAGUAUACAACAAAUUAUUCACUUAUCCUAUUCAUCUUCAAAAACAUAAAAGGAUUCACAGUGGAGAGAAACCCUAUGAAUGUAAACUAUGUAGUAAAACAUUCAAUUGUUCCAGUCAUCUUCGGGCACACGAAAGAAUUCACAGUGGAGAGAAACCCUAUGAAUGUAAACAGUGUAGUAAAACAUUCCGGCAAUCUGGAACUCUUCAGAAACAUGAAAGAAUUCACAGUGGAGAGAAACCCUAUGAAUGUAAACAGUGUAGUAAAACAUUCCGGCAAUCUGGAACUCUUCAGAAACAUGAAAGAAUUCACAGUGAAGAGAAAACCUAUGAAUGCAAACAGUGUAGUAAAACAUUCAGUGAUUCCAGUAGUCUUCGGGCACAUAAAAGAACUCACAGUGGAGAGAAAAUCUAUGAAUGCAAACAGUGUAGUAAAAAAUUCAGUUGUUCCAGUAAUCUUCAGAAACAUGAAAGAAUUCACAGUGGAGAGAAACCCUAUGAAUGUAAACAGUGUAGUAAAACAUUCCGGCAAUCUGCAGCUCUUCAGCAACAUGAAAGAAUUCACAGUGGAGAGAAACCCUAUCAAUGUAAACAGUGUAGUAAAACGUUCCGGCAAUCUGGAACUCUUCACAAACAUGAAAGAAUUCACAGUGGAGAGAAAACCUAUGAAUGCAAACAGUGUAGUAAAACAUUCAGUUAUGACAGUAGUCUUCAGGCACAUGAAAGAAUUCACAGUGGAGAGAAAACCUAUGAAUGCAAACAGUGUAGUAAAAAAUUCAGUUGUUCCAGUCAUCUUCGGACACAUGAAAGAAUUCAUAAUGGAGAGAAACCCUAUGAAUGUAAACAGUGUAGUAAAACAUUCCGGCAAUCUUGUCGUCUUCAGCAACAUGAAAGAAUUCACAGUGGAGAGAAACCCUAUGAAUGUAAACAGUGUAGUAAAACAUUCAGUUGUUCCAGUCAUCUUCGGUUACAUGAAAGAAUUCACAGUGGUGAGAAACCCUAUGAAUGUAAACAAUGUAACAGAACAUUCAGGAGAUCCUGUCAUCUUUGGGAACAUAAAAGAAUUCACAAUGGUGAGAAACCCUAUGAAUGUAAACAAUGUGGUAAAACAUUCAGUUGUUCCAGUAAUCUUCGGAUACAUGUAAGAAUUCACAGUGGUGAGAAACCCUAUGAAUGUAAACUAUGCAGUAAAACAUUCACUAGUUCCAGUAGUCUUCGGAACCAUGAAAGAAUUCACAGUGGAGAGAAACCCUAUGAAUGUAAACUAUGCAGUAAAACAUUCACUAGUUCCAGUAGUCUUCGGAACCAUGAAAGAAUUCACAGUGGUGAGAAACCCUAUGAAUGUAAACAAUGUGGUAAAGCAUUCACUUGUUCCAGUAGUCAUUGGAUACAUGUAAGAAUUCACAGUGGUGAGAAACCCUAUGAAUGUAAACUAUGCAUUAAAACAUUCACUAGUUCCAGUAGUCUUCGGAAACAUGAAAAAAUUCACAGUGGAAGGGCAGAAGAUAGAUAGCAUAAUGGUUAUGCACACAGACUCUCAUGCCUGAGGCUCCAAAUUCCCAGGUUCAAUCCCCUGCACCACCAUAGGCCACAGCUGAGCAGUGCUCUAUUUAAAAAAAACGAAUUCACAGAAUUCACAGUGGAGAGAAAUACUAUGAAUGUAAAGAAUGUAGUAAAGCAUUAAUUUCAUCCAGUUAUCUUCAGACACAUGAAAAUAUUCACAGUGGAGAGAAACAUUAUGAAUGUAAACUUUGUAGUAAAACAUUCAGGCAAUCCAGUAAUCUUCAGACAUGAAAGAAUUCACAGUGCAGAGAAACCCUAUGAAUAUAAACAAUGAGGUAAUGGAUUCUUGGUUUCUAGGUUUCUUCAGUUACAUGAAAGAACUCACAGUGGAGAGAAAGAAACCUGAAUGUAACCAUGUAGUCUAAUAUUCAUUUAAGCCAGUUUUCUUAGAUUGAAAGGAUCUCACAGUGGAAAGAAACCCAGUGGAUGUAAACAGAAAAACAUUGAUUCAAGUCUGUCAUCUUUGUCAUCAUGAAAUAACUCACCAUGGAGAGAAAUUUGAUGGAUAUAAGCAGUGUUGAAAACAUUCUAUUAUUCUGCUCUUUGUAAACAUGAAAGAAUUCACAGUGACGCAAAACCCCCUGAAUGUAAUAAAGUGUUAGAUGUUCCACUAAAUUCAAAUACAUGAAAAUAUUCACAAUGGAAAUCAAUCUUGAGCAUAAACUGUACUAAGAAAGAAAGAUGCAACCUGAGAUAUGAUGCAGAGGCUAGUGGUUCAAUGUAAUAGUUUUUGGUGUGAGCUUCUGCACUCCGUGGGUAGUUAUGUUCUGUUUUAUUGUCUCUCUCUCUCCAUCUUGUGAUAAUAUAUAAGUAAAUAUCUUUAAA